CUCGCUGGCUUCCCCCGUGUAAUUGGCUCCGCUACCGCGGAGAGCGCACCUGCUUUAAAUUGGACUCUAUUGCCAAGUUGUUGAAGUGACGUCAAAAGCAACUGCUUUGACCAGCUAUUUCUAAUUGUCACGAAGGAUAUCCGUGCAAAAUUGAACACAGGGUGGGAAAAAAAAAAAAAAAAUAACCAACGAGGCCCACGACGAGGCAAGUUGCGGUAUCGAGCGGUGGCACGUCCGCCCGUGGAUGGACGCAAGGACGGACGGACGGACGGACGCAGGGUAGAAGGCUCGGAGCGUCUCGGCAUGGACCAAGUCGCUUCUAGUUGAGCAGAAGAUCAUUGACUUUUUACGCGUGAUAGAAAAAAAAAAAAAAAACAAGUCUACAUUCGCUUGUUUUCUUCCCAGGACGUGGGUUUUUGAAACAGAAGCGGCUCCAUCCUUUAUUCCUUUAUUCCAUCGGCAGAUACCGUCGGUGCGCCGCUGCCUCCGGAUCCAUGGGCUGCACGGCGAGCGCCGAGGAUAAGGCUGCCGCGGAGAGGUCAAAGAUGAUUGACAAAAACCUCCGGGAAGACGGAGAGAAGGCAGCCAGAGAAGUGAAAUUGCUUUUGUUAGGUGCUGGGGAGUCUGGGAAGAGCACAAUUGUAAAGCAAAUGAAGAUCAUCCAUGAGGACGGCUACUCAGAAGACGAGUGUAAGCAGUAUCGAGCGGUCGUCUACAGUAAUACCAUCCAGUCGAUUAUGGCCAUUGUUAAGGCCAUGGCCAGUCUCAAGAUAGACUACAGCAACCCUGCCAGAGUGGACGAUGCCCAGCAACUCUUUGCCCUGUCUGCAGCUGCGGAGGAGCAGGGGAUCCUUCCUGAUGACUUGGCCAACGUGAUCAGGCGAUUGUGGGCCGACAGUGGCAUACAGAGUUGCUUUACAAGGUCGCGAGAAUACCAGCUUAAUGACUCAGCAGCAUAUUAUCUGAAUGAUCUGGAGAGGAUAGCAAAAGCGGAUUACAUCCCCACUCAGCAGGAUGUGCUACGAACUCGGGUUAAGACUACCGGCAUCGUGGAGACUCACUUCACCUUCAAGGAGCUGCACUUCAAAAUGUUUGACGUGGGAGGCCAGCGCUCGGAGAGAAAGAAGUGGAUUCACUGUUUUGAAGGAGUAACAGCCAUUAUCUUUUGUGUUGCACUGAGUGCGUAUGACUUGGUGCUAGCAGAAGAUGAGGAGAUGAACCGCAUGCAUGAGAGUAUGAAGCUUUUUGACUCCAUCUGCAACAACAAAUGGUUCACUGAAACCUCCAUCAUCCUCUUCCUCAACAAGAAGGACCUCUUCGAGGAGAAGAUUACGCGCAGCCCUCUCUCCAUCUGCUUCCCUGAGUACACAGGAGCCAACAAGUUUGAUGAAGCUGCGAGUUAUAUCCAGACCAAAUUUGAGGACCUGAACAAGAAAAAGGACACUAAAGAGAUCUACACCCACUUCACCUGUGCCACUGACACCAAGAACGUGCAGUUUGUGUUUGACGCCGUCACUGAUGUAAUUAUAAAGAACAACCUGAAAGACUGCGGUCUUUUCUAAAGGAAAAUACCCAAUGCAAAGAGACAGCAUUAGAGACUGAAAGGGACUUGUGCUGAUACUGCUUUUCAAAACCGUAACAGAGUUGACUCCUGGAGGCAGAACCCACCAGAACUUCUACAAUCACUGAUUUACAAGCAUUACUUUCUCUCUCAUCUUUACCCAACACUUUUAUAUGUAUUUCUUAAUGCUCCUUGCAGGUAUUCUACUCGUAGUCAGCAUAAGCACAAAUGACCCUCUAAUAUUAUAAAAGCAAUCAAGGCACUUUAAUUAGAUCUGUAACAUGACAACGUAUUAGCCAGUAGCUUUUGUGGAAAAUAAUUCUUGGACGAGCAAAGCUUAUCUUAAAAAGAAGCUAUCAACUCAUCGUGGCAAGUGGGAAAUGGAAAUAUAACAAUUUUAAAUGACUGUGUGUUUCAUUAUUUAUAGAUUUUUGUGGACGAGUCUCAAGUCUCAUAACCAGUCUAUGUUUUAGUUUUUUGUUUUUGUUUUCAGUUCACUUUGCCAAUUGAUUUGAAAGUUGAAGAUGUUGACACAACAGACAGAAAAUAAAUACUUUUUUAUAAAUAUUGCACAAAAUUAUGUUAACUUGCAUUUUACAAAUCUUUUGACCACACAGAGCUUAUUUUUAGAAGAAAACUAACAAGCAUAGAGAAUGAAAUUGGACAAAGGGAAGAUGUUUUUGUAUAAGGUUUACACAGAAUCAAUACACACACUUGUACGAUAGUACAUUGUCCUGCAUGACUGUCCAUAGAUAACCCUGUAACCCCUGGAAACUGACAAAAUAUUCCUUAAGUAACUUCUUUAAAGAAACAAAAGACACAUUGUUAGGUGUCACAUGUAAGGUAUCUGCAAGUUUUGAGGUGAUUAUGUCUUCUGAAACUGUUCUGUCCUAUAUUUUCAUUCCAUGUCUUUUAACAUCUGUUUGUGCCUUGAUAUUUGUUUACACUUGUUCUCUUGGGACAUGCCAUCUUCAUAGUGUGAAUUAGGGCUAUUUCUACCCCACCUAACGGCACGGUAUCCAUGAUUUAAAAUUCACCACAACACCAAGACAAAAGGAUGAUAAUUGUUCAUUCAUAUAAUGAGAAAAGCCAUUCACUUGUUAAAUGUAAAUAAAAGUUUGGCCAUA